UCUCAGGAGGAACCGGCACGGCACGACUGGUAUUGUUUCGAGUGCCACCACGGGGGCGAGGUGCUAAGUUGCAGCAAGUGCUACCGUGUGUACCAUGAACGAUGUGUACUACCGCAUGUACUGCAGCAAAGUGCUCUACUGCACCAUCAGCAACUACUGCAGCUGCAGCAACAGCAGCAACAAGCAGCAGAUCCUACAGCUGCUGCUGCUCUCAUGAUGGAGCCUCAGUUCGUAUGCGGCGUUUGCCAGAAACGCAUGUUGGCUCGAGCUGCUGCCAAGAACGGGCUGAGCAGGGAAGAGCUAAACGCUCUGCUUGCCUUCACUGUAAACAAGCUCAGGGACAGACUCCCAGCAAAUCUCAUGGAGCGAUCCGUGCCCGCCGUGGGGCAGAAGCCUGGCGCCGAGAGUUCGACUUCUUCUACCUCGACAUCCUCAGGAAAUUCCAACCCUGCCUCUGCAACCCCAAACUCCAUACAACCCCCUACAACAUCCCCAGGUGGGGGACCAGCUCCCCCCUCAGCCGGGUCCAUCAGUGCCAAUAAUGGCAUGAAUUUACACAGUAAUUUCGGUAGUGAGCCUUGGCGAGCACAGCUUCUGCUGCAUCAUCACAUGGACUUGCCAACCAUGGAGAGGAAGACGCAUGAUAACAGAUAUCGUACAGCGGCAGAUCUCGAGAUCGAUGCCAUGACUAUAGUGCACAACGUGUGUAUCUACCAUGGCUCGAAUAGCAGCAUUGCUGAGAGCGCCCGAGUGUUCCUUCGGGAGGUGCAGCACUGUCUGCUGGAGCUACAGGUCUGCACAGACUGCUACCGCUGGCAGUUCUGCUCUGAAGAUCCCUACUGGUUCUGCAGACCAUGUAACCCUCCUCACAGACUAGUCUAUGCCAAGCAAAAGGGCUUCCCUUAUUGGCCUGCCAAAGUGAUGAGAGAAGGUGCAUCGAGCUGCGAUGUUCGGUUUUUUGGAAGUCAACAUCAGCGCGCCAUCAUAGACAUCUCCCUCAUUAAACCCAUCACUGCCAGCGCACAACUCCUACAGAUCAAGAAGACGUCUGCGUACACGAAGGCAAUGGAAGAACUCAAGCACCACCAAGAACUGCUUGGUGGUGGUGAUGCUAACCUUCUACCUCCUCCUCCUCCCCCACCUCUACCUCCCCAGCAGCAGUCCAGACCUAACAAACACCGAGAAAUAACAGACCAAACAGACAAACUUGUAUCGGGAUGUUCUAGCAAACAUUCGCCUGAACAAACGAGUGAUCCUCGGCUAGAACAGCAAAGUUCCUCGAGUUCUUCUCUGAUUACUCGUGAAGAUUGGGAGCAACACCAGCAGCAGCUGCAGCAUCAGUUCCAGCAGCAGCAGCAACAACAGUAUCAUGGCAGCUAUAUCGAGUCUGCAGCUCUGCAGCAGCAAUAUCAGGCUGCUACCCUUGCCUCCCAACAGCUGCAUCACGCUGACUACAGGAAAGAUCAGAGCGCCGUGGCUUCUUCCGACAGCGGCGUCAAGAAGGAGAAAUCCCCAACUAAACAUAAGCUCGUCGCUGACAAUUGCACUAACGAAGAUCAUAGCUUAGAAGACGCAAGACAAAUCAGAGAAGAAGAAAGAGGAGACGGUGAAGAGCGAGACGAAGCAAUGACAGGUAAAGAGCGAGAGCGAGGAGAUGGACGAGAAGAAGAGCCUGCGUCUGAAGUGGAAGAGAAGAAGAGCGACGAUGAAGCUCCUCUUCCAGCCUCGUCGCCUGUCACGUCUUCGUGCAAGGCUGGCAGUGCAAAGAGCGGCUGCUCGUCGGACAGCAGCGGCAGAGACGACGUCGUGUCAUCGUCUUCCCAGGAGCCUGCCAGACGCUCUCUCUCCGUACAGACCCCCCAGCAUCUCCUACAGGCCGCGCUGGAGGACCUGGAGAGCCAUCAGCUGCAGCAGGAGGGCAAGGGUGGCAGUGACAGCACUUCCCCAACCAUCAGUCGGCUGCUGGACCAGAUACGCACGGAAACGACGUGUUCUGGUUCCAAGAACCGCAGCGUGGGAGCAUCGCUGCGUAAGGUGGAGCGAGAGUUUGAGCGCAUGAAGGAGGAGUACCGCGCCAAGCUGGCCACCCUCGAGGAGACGCACAAGCAGCACAUCCGCGACACCAAGCGCAAGCAGUGGUGCUGGACGUGUGAGAGUGAGGCGAUAUAUCACUGCUGCUGGAACACUGCCUACUGUUCUACGGACUGCCAGCAACAGCACUGGCAUAAAGAACAUAAGAAGCUCUGCCGCAGGAAGAGAUGAAGUGAUAGGCGUCAUACGGCGGUCUAUUUUCUCUGAAGUUAAAGUGGCCACUUAAUAAAAUUGUUAUCUCGUGUCGUGACUAGGACGUUUUAAGUUCAUAGAAGAGAUUUGGAUAUGAUGCUUAUGUUUGUAAUUGUUAUAUGUUAGAGCAUGACAACUUAUUUAAUUGAUAGGUUAUCAAGUGUCAACUUCGAUAAAGUAAAUGACGUAAACCAGUGGUUCCCAAACUUUUUCAGGCUGGCGCCCCCUUUGGCUCCCCAG